AUGUCAUUCAGUUAUAUACUGUCUUCGGUGGCAAUCCUGGUCUCAGCCUUUGUCUACGUAUACCUCAGACCGCAAACCACUGACCGCAAGACGAUGGCCGACGAGCUCAAGAGGAAUCCAAUUGAUCCCAACUCCUACUCGCGACCAGACCUCUGUCGCGUACAACACAUCCAAUGGAAAGCUUACAUUAACUUCGAUGAGCAGAUAAUCGACGCCACCGUCGACCUGACCGUCGAGAAACAGGUGGAGUCUGUCGAUGAGGUACUGCUGGACACGUCGGGCCUCACUAUCAGCGAUGUGCGAGACGUGGACACCGAUCAGCCGCUGAAGUACGAGUUGAGUGCACCGGUGGCUCCGUUUGGCUCCAAACUGGCCGUCAAAUUGUCACCGAAAACCCGGUCAGUGGUUCGCAUCGCCUACCGGACGAGUCCUAAUGCGACGGCCCUUCAGUGGCUUAAACCGGAACAGACGGCCGGCAAACGACAGCCCUAUCUCUUAAGCCAGUGUCAGGCCAUUCACUGUCGAUCACUGAUCCCACUCCAAGACACGCCCGCCGUUAAGGCCCCAUACGAUGCGGACGUAGAGGUGCCCAAAGACCUGGUGGUACUCAUGAGUGCCGUACGCGAGGGUCCCGGCGUUUGGAACCAAUCGGAUAACCAAAUGACAAAAGAGUAUCGCUUCCACCAGAAGAUAGCGAUUCCCAGUUAUCUCAUAGCCAUCGCUGUCGGCGAUCUGGUGUCCAAAAAGAUUGGCCCUCGAAGUCACGUGUGGUCGGAGCCGGCGCUCAUCGACCGGUGCGCCUACGAGUUCGCCGACACUGAACGGAUGAUCUCGACCGCCGAGUCCAUAGUGGGGCCGUACGUGUGGGGCGUCUACGACCUACUGGUGCUGCCGCCGUCGUUCCCUUACGGAGGAAUGGAGAACCCGUGCCUCACGUUCGUGACGCCCACCCUAUUGGCCGGCGACCGGUCCCUCGCGAACGUCGUCGCCCACGAGAUCGCCCACUCGUGGACCGGCAAUCUGGUGACCAACAAGAAUUGGGGCCACUUUUGGCUCAAUGAAGGUUUCACCCGAUUCUUGGAGAUGAAGAUCGACGGCCGACUCAAUGGCGGCGAAUCGCACCGACAGUUUAUGGCCAUCGAAGGCCUUAAUCAGCUUAAGGAUGCCGUGGACGCCAUGGGCGCCGACAGUCCGUACACUAAAUUACUGAUCGAUCCGCGAGGUGUGGACCCGGACGACGCCUUUUCUAGCGUUCCCUACGAGAAGGGCCACACAUUCCUCUUCUAUUUGGAACAACUCCUCGGAGGACCGCAAGUGUUCGAGCCGUUCCUCAAGACAUAUAUCGAUCAUUUCAAGUAUAAGUCGAUCGACACGAAGGACUUUCGCGCGUAUCUCGAGAACUACUUCAAGGAUAGCGCCGAUCGCCUGAAACAAGUCGAUUGGGAGGUAUGGUUGAACGGCACGGGAAUGCCGACCAUUAUUCCCGACUACGACAAGACGUUGGCCAAGGAGUGCACAGAAUUGGCUCAACGAUGGAUAGCCGCAAAAGACGCGGAUUUGUCUCAAUUCCAAGUCAACGAUAUCUCAUCGAUGAACACCUGGCAAAUAGUGGAGUUCCUGAACCAACUGCUCGAUGCCGAACCGGUGCUCAGCGCCGGCAAAGUGGAGGCAUUGACUCAGGCGUACGGCUUCACGAAGAAUAUGAACUCCGAGGUCCGGUCCCUGUGGUUACGGUUGGCGCUGACGGCCCACUGGAAGGGCUGUACGACAGACGCCGUGCAGUUCAUCACAAGUCAGGGACGCAUGAAGUUCUUGAAACCCAUUUACAGAGCGCUGUACGCCUGGGAUGAGACCCGACAGCUGGCCAUCGAUACCUUCAAUGCCAACCGCAACCAAUUGAUGCAUAUGUCGGUCCUCGCCGUCGCCAAAGAACUACACCUCAAAGUGUAGGCGUUUUUGUGGUCACUAGUGACGCCUUCCAACUCAUCCCUGUAUUGUAUUCUUGAAAAUUACCUCAAAAUUGACUCAAAUUACUAAAUACCGUAAAAGCAAUUAUUUUCUAUCCUAUACUCUAUACCAGAAUGAAUACCUUGUUGAACAUACCUCCCUUUCCAUAGCCCAGACAUACACCCCCUUCCCUACAGUGCAUCAAUGGUUAUUUAAAUUUUAUAAUUAAUUUUUUUAAUUUACUGAUAUAAUACAAGAAUUUGAAUGUAAAAAUAAUAAUAAAAUGUAUUUUUGAUUUCGAAAUCAUAUGUCAAGAAUUUACAAUUAAUUCUUUUACUCAUAAAAUGUUGUGAUAAAUAAUACCG